CAGAUGGUGAUCUUGGGAGGUAGAUCCUCACUGGCACCUCACCAAAGUGCAGAUCCUUUAUGAGGAGCUCUGAAGACUUCCACGCUAUCAGUCCAUUAGAAAACAUCCUUAUAAGAGCUCCUGGCAUCACAGACACAUCUUCAGUUUUAAGGAAAAGAACUGUCCUAAAGAAGAAUGGGGAAUUUGGCCUGCUUAUGGAAAGCUGCACUGCAAUGGGGAAGGACUCCUGAGUAGGAACAUGGAAGAGAUCAUCAGGAACAACUGCUGUGAUGGGACAGACCCUCAUUUUCACCAACCAAGAUGCAGCUCUGUUAGGGGAUACCUGGUUUUGAACAGUCUCCGCAGACUGCAGUUGCAAUGGCUCAACUUCUUCACCCUAGAAGCCUCUCUCCUGGUCCCAUAUGGUGAGACUGUGACCACCGUUUGACUUCCUUAAUGAAAGGAAAACUGGCAUUUAAAGCCCAAGAAUUGCUCACCCCCAAGUUCUGGAGGAGGGGGGAGGGGGGCGAAGACUCGUCACCCACCUGCGGGUGCAUGAAAGGUGCUGGCUUUCCAUCUCUGUUCCCUUGCUCUUGUGAAAGGUUGGAAGAGCAUUUUGUCACCCCAUCGCCCAGAACAAGAGGAUGGUUUGGAAAUGGCUGGGCGCUGUGCUGCUGCUCCCCGUGCAGAUGCUUUACCUGGUGCUGAAAGCUGCCGUGUGUGCUUUGCUGCCUCCCAAACUGCGGGAUCUGUCCGGGGACACCGUGUUGGUUACAGGUGGGGGACGUGGCAUCGGCCGCCAAUUGGCCCGAGAGUUCGCCAAGCGAGGAGCCAAGAAGAUCAUCCUGUGGGGUCGAACUGAGAAAUGCCUGAAGGAGACCACAGAGGAAAUCAGGAUGAUGGGGACAGAAUGCCAUUAUUUCAUCUGUGAUGUUGGAAACAGAGAGGAAGUCUAUCAGCAAGCCAAAGCUGUGCGGGAGAAGGUGGGUGACAUCACUAUCCUAGUGAACAACGCUGCUGUGGUCCAUGGUAAAAGUCUGAUGGACAGUGACGAUGAUGCACUGCUCAAGUCACAGCAUAUAAACACCCUGGGACAGUUCUGGACCACCAAAGCGUUCUUGCCAAGGAUGCUGGAGCUGCAGAACGGACACAUAGUUUGCUUGAACUCUGUCCUGGCCUUGUCAGCCAUCCCUGGUGCCAUUGACUACUGCACCUCCAAAGCUUCAUCUUUUGCCUUCAUGGAGAGCCUGACCUUGGGGCUGCUAGACUGUCCUGGAGUGAAUGCCACAACAGUGCUGCCCUUCCACACGAGCACAGAGAUGUUCCAGGGCAUGAGAAUCAGGUUCCCUAAUCUUUUUCCUCCUCUCAAGCCAGAGACUGUGGCUAGGAGGACAGUGGAAGCUGUGCAGAUGAAUCAAGCCUUCCUGCUCCUUCCAUGGACGAUGAAUGUUCUGGUCAUCCUGAAAAGCAUUCUCCCUCAGGCAGCACUUGAAGAAAUCCACAAGUUUUCUGGGAGCUACACCUGCAUGAACACCUUUAAAGGCCGAACAUAGACUUGGUGGUGGAAGGACUGUUCUGCAGUGAGACCAGCACAAGCGUGAAAACCCUGACCGGGCUGUGAAUCAGCAGUCUUGGCUUGUAGCCUGUUCAUGUGACUCGCGCUGCUUUGAGGCAACACAUUUCUUGCAGGUCAUAUCCAUAGUAACAUGACCUUUGCACAGGAUUUAAUGACCGGACUAUGGACCCUUGGCAAGAAAAAAACAAAAAGUGUGAAAUGUUUAUGUGAUGUUACAUUCUUUAGGGUUCAAAUUGUUAAAUCUGCUCAUAGUUUUUAAGAUGUAAUUUUUUUUGUUUCUAAAGAGCGUGGGCUGUCUCAGCGGCCUUCAUCCGCUCUCCUCAGUGGAACUGCAAUUGCAAACUGACCCUGGUUACAUUUCAGCUUUUUGAAUGGGAAACUUAAAGAAAUGAAGAGCUACAAGUCGUGGGCAUUGAAUGGAGGCUUCCUUCCCUUCCUUCACUUUAUAUCUGUCGAUGAAGCCGUUCUCAAGUCGCAUCAGGGAAGGAGCAAACUGCUGUUUUCUUUGUGUAAGGCUCCCCAGGCCUUUCCUCUGCAAGGACUGCUCUGUGCCCAUGGGUCUUACUGCACCCAUUGGGGCUGGGCAGCAAUGCUCAGUCAGAAGAGCGCACAGUUUGAGUCGUGGAAGAUUCAUUGAGCUCAUGUAUGGAAUGUAAUUGUCUUUCUGAAUAUUUUUUUGUUCAUUUAUGAUGAAAUAUAUAUAUAUUUUUAGCAUCGAUUCCAGAUUGCCACGCAUGUAAGACAGCAUCACGUUGGGGGUGAACUAAACCUAGAGCCUGCUUGUACAAAAAACCACAUCCAUACAGAGUAAAAUGCGUUGUAUCAACCUGCACAAUGAAAUAAGUGGAAUAAUUCUCUGAGAAUGGAAGAGACGGAGCCGUAGUGCUCAUGAAAUGUGGAGUUUGGGAGCACAGUUAGCACAGGGCUGAUUGAAUGCAUGUUGAAUUGAACUGGGAAUAUACCCAUUGUUUGUUAGAGAUGUUGAAUCAAGCACUAGUCAGCCAGAAGUGAUAAAUAACUGCUUGCACUGAAAUGCCAGAAGCAGCUAGAUGUUAUUUAUUUUUAUAAUGAUAGACUCUCUUUGACAGCAUAGUAAGAGCAACACUGCAUUCCAGGGCCAGAUGCAGCCUGCAACUAAGCCUAGGCACAGCAAUGUAGUUGAAACAUAUUGAAACACUGCUACUAAAAGAGGAAUUAAUAUCACUGCAAUUCAGGAGAGUCACAAGCCAGCCCGGAGGAUGCCUGAAUGAAGUGCCUCAAGGACAGCCAUGUGGUUGAAGUAAAGGAGUGAGGCCAGGGCUCCUGGCUUGAGUUUUGACCUUAUUUCAUGGAUGCUCUUGGGCCAAUCUGCAUAAUCCCAGGGUACACCCUGACCUGCAAAGCAGACAGCGUUUCCCUGCUUUAUUGUCUGUCAAAUGCUCAGCAGAUUCAAAUGGGAAAUGCUAUAGAAAGGAGAAGUGAUAUUUGUCUAUAAACCAAAAGGGUGGAAAGUAGGGGGGGGAAAAACAACAAGCUGAAAUCUAUCAAUUUGCAAUCUGUGAUUCUGUACAGAGAGAUGAAUUACAGCAGGGUUACAGCUGCUUUUGCAGGGCAGAUCCAAAGGAAGAGCUCAGAAUGGAGAGUGACUGCUUAGGAUGACAUUCACACCAUCACUCCUCCUCACUGCAGAUCAGGUGUGUCUCUGCUGGGCAGCUGAAGAGGUGCAGUGUGGUUGAUAUCCCUUUGCCUGCAUGGAUGCUUCGAGGUGUUCUCCUGUCUUGGUCAGUGCUUUCCUUCCGAGUGCAGAACAGCCUUGACAAGGCUUCUUACAAUGGAGGGCUUUUUAAAUUCCUCAAUGUCUGAGGCUCUGUGGAGAGGUUGAAAAGAAACUUUGAUCUCAGUGACUGUGAUGCCCUCCCUAAUAGAUGCUUUCAGCGUUAUUUUUUUGUCCGUUUUUGAGAGGAAACCGAAUUCAUUGAAAGCACAGCUGCAAUGGGGGGAGAACUGUUCCAGGAUCUGCCAGGAAUAUUAAAGGUACACACUUAAGAAACACUGGGGAGGGAUAAUUCCUCCCCUUCUGCACUCUCAUCCUUUAUAUUUUCUCAUUAGCCACAGUCAGGCACGCCAGGCUUGUAGAUGCCAGAGCAAAAGGGAUCUGUGCAGCAAAGCACCCUGCAGUGUCCCCCUUAAAUCAAACCUUUGUGCUGAGAUUCUAUUCAUUAAUGACAUCCUAAUGCAAAAGAGAAGUAAAACUAGCGUAUGCGCUGAAUGCAUCUCUAUGCCCACAGCCUAUCCUUUACAUGCUUCUACUCUUUUCCUGCACUACAUCAAAGAUGUUCCCUAUCUUCAGAGGUUGUCUUACAUCCGAAGUGCUGCUGAUUUCUUUCUAAUGAAUAUAAAGCAGUCAGAAUGUAGCAGGGACUCUCAUAAUCUCUCUCUUCUCACACAGAGACUCACACUCACACUUCCCUCUCUCUUUCCCUUAGGGUCUCUGAGCGGACAGCAGGUCAAAUAGCAGUCACAGUGGGGGAGAGGUAUGCAGCAAACAGAAAAUAAUGAGGAAAACAUUGACUUUGCUUUUCAGAUAGUAAGGAAGAGUUGGGUAAUAAGAGUUUCUUCACUUGCGAGUGUUGCAAGAUAGGAUGCUCUACAUGCACUGAGUUUCUCACAAGUUUGGAUGGAUGCAUACAAAGAUUUGUUUCAAAAAGUAAAGCUCUGGAAUGCC